AUGGACGCGACCUUCGGCACCCCUCUGACCCCUUCCUACUCCAUUCAACCUACCGCCGCCGCCUCCAUCCUGGCGCCGCCCCAUGCGCCAAAUCCUAGCGGUGGUGCCGACGCCAGGAACACCGCGGCCCUAGCUCUUUUUGUCCCGCCGCGCCCAACACUGCACACAAGCGCCACCGCUGCGCAGGCCCCCGACAAGCCGCCGCCGAAGAAAGGGAAGGCGACCGCUACUCGACGCGUGCAACCUCCGCCGCCGGCUCUAUCAAUGAAUCAUCCUCCACUGCCGCCGUUCGCCGACCCAUCCGGCGCGCUGAUAUCUACGCACGCUUCUAUUCUUACGUAUCACCCGCCCGUCUUGCGCACCGACGCGGAGCGGCGGAAAUGGAACCGGUCGGAGGGCGCGCGCAAACGCAGCGCCCGCCGGUGGACGAACUGGGGGCUCACGCCCCCAGGAAAGCUCGCCAGGUACAUCAACGCCGGUGAGGGCUCGUCCUCCGGCCAGUCAAGCCGCGCACCGCGGCUCCCUGUCGCGGACAGCAGCGACGACGAUGACCUCAUCCCCGCGCGGUCGCCCACCUUCUCCGCCGGGGACUAUGUCCACGGCAGCGACGAGGAGGACGCCGUCCUCGCGCAGACCAAGGCCAUCGGCCGAGGCGGAGGCUCGCGCGCGCUCCGCCGGGAGGAGGCGGAAGCCGUCCGCCUCGUCCCGUGA